GCUUAUUUAACGAUUGGAGGCUGUGCGUGGUAGGCGGAUCUCUGCUACCCGAUGCUACAGCCCACUUUCAAAUCCUGGUAGCAAACAUAUUACUUGUAUCUGUCGAAAGACAAUUAGCGAGCAAUCGAGGCAGAACUAAAAGAGAAGUGCUCGUUUUCUGCAGUGCAGGCAAGUGGUACCCAAGAGGAAAGAAACUGGGAGAGAAGGAAAGAAGAAAAGAAGGUAGCUUGCAUGUACUCGCUACUGAAGGAAUUAAUACGGUGACUGAUCUUUGAAGGACCGCUGAGAGGAUCUUGCGCAAAGCGCUCGCACACACACACACCCACACAUACACACGCACACACACGCACACACACACACACACACACACACACGCACACACACACUGUAUUUGGAUAAUUGCUGCUGAAAGCAUGGAGCCUGUGCAGUCCGAAAUGAGUAUCAUUCCUAAUGGGAAGGGGCACGACGUGGAGGACAACGCCGUGUCCAUGAAAACGCUGCCAGAAGACGCAGACCAAAAUUGUACCCAAAAUGUCAGCAGAUUGGAGGGUGCAGAGCAAAAUUUGGUGGAAAGUCAGGAGUUUCUGUCUACCAUGGACAACAAGAAUCCUGUGGGCUUUACUGAUUUUGAGGGAAAGACAUCCUUUGGAAUGUCAGUGUUCAACCUGGGAAAUGCCAUCAUGGGCAGUGGAAUUCUGGGAUUGGCAUAUGCCAUGGCCAACACUGGCAUCAUCCUCUUCCUGUUCCUCCUCACUGUGGUGGCUGGCCUCUCAUCCUACUCUAUUCAUCUGCUGCUCAAGUCCUCAGGAAUUGUGGGUAUUCGGGCGUAUGAGCAGUUGGGUUACAGGGCCUUUGGUGUGCCAGGCAAGAUGGCUGCUGGGAUUGCCAUCACCCUGCAAAACAUUGGAGCCAUGUCCAGCUACCUGUACAUUGUGAAGUAUGAGUUUCCCUUGGUCAUCCAGGCCUUUCUGGGGGUUAACACCUCAUCCAGUGACUGGUACUUGAAUGGUAAUUACCUGGUCGUCAUAGUGUCCGUCUGCAUCAUCCUGCCCCUGGCCUUUAUGAAGCAGCUGGGUUACCUGGGCUACACUAGUGGCUUCUCCCUCAGCUGCAUGGUCUUCUUCCUCAUUGCGGUGAUCUACAAGAAGUUCCAUGUCCCCUGCCCUUUCCAAGACUUCUCCUUCAAUGCCACGAUGGGUCUGAACGCCAGCCUAGCAACUCACCCCUCCCAGGAUGCGGACAACUCAGACUGCGCCCCGAAAAUGUUCACCAUGAACUCACAGACAGCGUACACUAUCCCCAUCUUGGCUUUUGCCUUCGUGUGCCACCCUGAAGUCCUGCCUAUCUACACUGAAUUGCGAAACCCCACCAAGAGGAGGAUGCAGCAUGUCGCCAACAUCUCCAUCGCAGUCAUGUACACUAUGUACUUCCUGGCCGCUCUGUUUGGAUACCUGACGUUCUAUGGUAAGGUGGAGGCAGAGCUGCUGCACACCUACAGCCGGAUUGACCCGUACGACACGCUGAUCCUGUGUGUGCGUCUGGCUGUGCUCACGGCUGUCACUCUUACCGUGCCCAUCGUCCUCUUCCCGGUGCGACGAGCGCUCCAGCAGAUGCUUUUUCCCAAUAAGACCUUCAACUGGGUGCGUCACGUCAUCAUCGCCAUGUUCCUCAUCACCCUCAUCAACCUGCUGGUCAUCUUCGCCCCAAACAUCCUGGGCAUCUUCGGGAUCAUAGGCGCCACAUCGGCUCCCUGCCUCAUCUUCAUCUUCCCAGCGGUCUUUUAUAUCCGCAUCGUACCUAAGGAGGAGGAGCCCAUGUGCUCCACGCCCAAAAUCCUGGCCGCCUGCUUCGCCUGCCUCGGGUUCCUGUUCAUGAUCAUGAGCCUCAGCUUCAUCUUCAUUGAUUGGAUGUCAGGGGGCAAGUCUAGCAAUGGCCAUUAGGCUCCGCCCACCUGCAGGCUUUUCUCCACUUUUAGAAUCAUACUUUUUUCUUGUUUUUAUUAUAAUGGAUGCACUAUCUCUUCAGAUGGAAAGUACAGGCCAAGACACUUUAAGGUAUACCAAACCCUCAGAUAAUGUCUCCAACAGAAGUGUGACUAUUCAGGGAAAAGUCUAGCCAGGCUAGACACAACAGGGUCCGUAUAUUUUAAUUUUUCAGCCCCUGAGCCACACAAAACCGAUCUGCCUGACAGAUCACAGGCAUUGUUUUCACCUGUCAGGAUUACAUUACAUUAUAGGCAUUUAGCAGACGCUCUUAUCCAGAGCGACGUACAACAAGUGCAUAGGUUUCAUGAUGUAGAGGCGCAAAAGAAACACUAGAGUAAAGUAAGGAUCGUAGUGCCAGAAGUGACCACAUCGAUCAGGACUCCAACCCUGUAGAGUAAGCUUGUUCAGCAAGCAAGAAUCCUACCAAGUACAAACUAGCACUGGAAUCACACCUAAUCAUACAAAAACAAUCCUGCCAGAUACACUAACAUAAUCAAAUUAUCCUAGCUAGAUACAGUGAGCUGAACUAUAGGCUAGAGAGGGGUGGGGAGAGGUGCAGCCUGAAGAGAUGAGUCUUCAGUCUGCGUUUGAAAGUGGUGAGAUUCUCUGCUGUUCUGACCGUCACGGGGAGGUCAUUCCACCAGCGAGGGGCCAGGACAGACAGCAGACGGGAGCGGGAAGUGCAGACGCGGAGAGGGGGAGGUGCCAAGCGUCCAGAGGUGGCCGAACGGAGAGGUCUGGCUGGUGUGUAGGGUCUGAUGAUCCUCUGAAUGUACCCUGGUGCUGACCCCUUAGCUGCCUGGUAUGCAAGCACCAAGGACUUAAAUUUGAUGCGAGCCAUAACAGGCAGCCAGUGGAGGUCAGUGAGCAGGGGGGUGACAU